UACUUCAGUGUAUACCUGUGCUUCUCCUCUGAUGACGAAAAAGGUCUAUUAGAACAUGAAUCAUCAUGACUUGUAUUCAUUCUUUCCCCUUUGAAUGCAGACUUCUGAGACCACAUUAUAUCGCAUGUUGCAUGCAUCAGCAGAUAUCACCAAAGUUCAAACUCAUUUUGUUUUUAUCUUGCCAGCUCCCGACAUUAUGAUACCCCCCACACCACCACCACUUCCCCUCACCCCUUCCACCCACACUUCCAAGCAUUUCACGCCCACAGACUCACUCCCCUCGCCUCAUAUAAGCUGCUUGCAAAUUCAGCCACAAUAUCUUUGAGCAACUUUUUGGAGAGAAAUUCCUAAAUUGAAGCUCCUGCUAAACAACCAUACAGCUAUGAUCUCGACUGGAGGCUUCGCAGGAUUUUGGAUAACUGCACUGCUGACUCUUCAUGGCGCAGAUGUGGGAGAGACCAGAAGAAACUCCCUCAAUGAGCCUGACGUGCCUUUCCCACCUGCCUGUCCCACUGCUCAGAACCUCGCUGCCAUCUGCAAUCAAGGUCAGGGUCGUCCCAGAUACCCUCCCAGCUUCUUCCCGAACUCCAGGGUCAGUCACUUCCGCCGCCGUGGAAAUGCCAUCAACCGUCUGGAGUCGUGGUACAGUCAGUGCUGCAGUGGGCAGAGCAACCAGAUCCUCUGCUGCGCCCAACAAGCUUGGAAACAAGCCCUGUCCCAGUUCUGUGUGGAGGAAUAUUCCACCAUGACUCUUCCAUAUGUGUGCUGUGCGGACAGAGGAGAUGCACGGUGGAGGUGCUUCGACAGCGAGCUGCCAAACCCAAACUAUGAGGCAACACCAGGCUACACUGCACCCGCAGUUCCAGAUGAGCCAGGAUUCAUCUUCAACCCAAAUACUUGCUAAAAGUGGAAAAAGAAA